AUACCUAUGUUUCAACUGUGUUGUAUGUGAUGGAAAUAGAAGUUUAUUAUUAUUAUUUCAUAUAUAAAAAGAAUAAUAAUUAAAAAUAAUCACUCAUUUUUGUAUUUUGCUGUUGACAGGAAAUACAGAAAGGUUAACAUUCAAGGAGGGUAACUAUUUUGAGAUGUCGUGUGCUAAGACCCCCAUCGACGACACUGCCUGGCCACAAUUCACCCGUCCCGCCCUGUUUCAACACGUUAUACUCAAAUAUUGCGUGCCGCCUAAAGCGCCGGCCACAUAUAUUACAGCUCUACAACGCCUCAAUGUGACCGUGCUCAAUAAACUUGUACUCAAUAAUCUGCCGGCAAACACAAAUAUUACUCGCGCCUCUCUCGCCGACCUGCCAUCACACGUCACUAGUCUCGAACUCAAGGCUACCGCGAGCUCGCUUCAACUGGAAUUUGAUACACUCGAUGGACUGGAACAACUCCGAGUGCUGGACCUCUGUCGCGUCCGACCUGGCCGUCUACCGCCGCAUCUCAAGAAGCUGAGACUUUUCUAUUCAAACAUGCGAACGCUACCCAGUCCACUCAACGAUCUGGAGAGUCUGUUCGUACACGAUGGCGCACAAGUGGAUGUCCCUCCUCUGGCGACUCUGUCUAAACUGCAAGUGUUAAACCUGGCAGUGCCGCUGCAAGUGGUACCACCCUUAUCCCAGACCCUAGUGAAUGUAACAAUGACAAUGUUCGAAGUGCGAUCGCCGGUGCCAUUCACGCAUUCUGAUUGCGCGCAUGUGCAGCAACUUACGAUCGAGUAUUGGUGGAUGGCGCAGGUGCCGGCGGGCUGGGUGGCGGCGUGUCCCGUCUUGCACACUCUCAAACUGCACCUGCAGAAAAAUUUGACAGAGCUGGCUAAGGGCAUGCUGAACGGGACCACCGAACUCCGUGUACUCUACAUUAAUGCAUGUCCACUCAAGACACUCCCGGUAGAUCUCUUCGAGUACUCACCUAACUUGAAGGAGGCGAACCUGUCGGGAAACAAACUGUUGUACCUUCCGAAGUAAGUGCAAUUCGAUUUAAUAUAAAUGAUUUCUUUUAUUCGAGUGUACCCUAGUCUCUGCAGUGCAGGCGGUGGAAAAAACUGAGCAUUCAUUUUUUAAUAUACAGAUAAAAAUCCAUGGAUAAGAAGUCUAUGCUUUUUUUAAUACAGUCAUUCUUUUUGUCUUCGGUCUUUUGUAUGGUACUUUCGUACUUGAGCACUAAAUGGGCGGAACAAGUGCUUUGAAACUCGUUCAUUUUUGACAAACAAUAUCCAAUAGGUGCGAAGACUAAUUAUUGUUUAUUUAUCCGUCAGGUAGAUUAUUGAAGAAUAUGAAAUGCGUUUUUGUUUCUUAUUUUUUACGUAAUCAAUAAAUUACGGCUAUACAUUGAGUCGAAAUGUGUCGCGUGACGUAACGCUUUUGUACAUUUUCUACAAAUCUGUGACGUAGCUAGACCACACUCCUUAACUUUAAUGCCUAUUAUCUAAUCCAUUUUUUGUUUAAAUUGAAAGAAAAAAAAAGUCUUAUAUAAUUAUCCGACUGAUUGAGUAAAUAGAAUUUCUUCUUUUUUCAGUCGUCAAUCCUAUUAGUUUCUCAUAGUUAAAGAGAUAUUUCUGUAAUAUUACCUAUAAAAUUGCCGUUUUUCAUGAAAUAAAUGAAGCUAUUUUUUUCUAUAUUUUUUAUUUAUAUUAAUCAAAGUAAUCACCCAUGCAAUCAAUGGAUCUUUGCCAACGCAUUGGUAGCUUAUUAAUGCCCUUCUUGACCAAAUCAGCUGAA